AUGGCCGGCGGUUUUGACCCUAUCGACCCGGAAAAGUGUGCCCACUAUGCCGGCUUCGCUUCCCACCUGGACCGGAAGUCAUUUGACUUUCUCUACUGGGUUCUCUUCGUCCUCGUCAUAUUCAUGCUCUUCCUGUCGUCAUGGAAAUACAGCGGUGACCUCGAAAAGAUCCGGGUGCUGGGCCUAGAGCCGGGUUCCCGACAGUAUAAGAACAAGAUGAAAAAGUGCAUGCUCAUCUGCAGCAUCUACGCCAUGGUGUCUAUCGUAGGCGUCAUCAUGGAGGUGUACGCCCUCAUGGCUCUACAGUUCUGUGACGGCGAGGACCUCAUGCCACUCUAUUGGUCGACAUGGACUAUGAUGCAGGUUGGGUCUGUGAUUGCCAUCCUGGGCAUCCUGCUCACCAUCUUCAACAGCUUGCGAGGGAGCAAAAACCCACCCUGGGCAUUAGCUCUCGGCACGCCAAUCUUAGUUGUUGCAGGCAUCGGCCACGCCGUCCACGGGGCCGUGCACAAGCGAGUCAAGCGGGUGCGGUCCAUGAGCCGCGGCAGGCGGCGAGGCGUGUCCACGUCGGACAGCACCCGACUCGAGACGGGCGCCGGCUUGCCCAUGAGCAGAGAAAUCACCCUCCGUGCGGACGAGAGCGAGCGCGAGGACGUCGAGAUCCCGGCCCGGUUCGUCGGUCUCACUGCCGACGGCGCCCCCAUCAUCCGCUUCACCGAGGACCCGGGCAAGAUCGAGCCCGAGCACGGCGCCGUGCUGGGCCGCCCCGACGGGCACGUCAUCAUCGCGUUCAAGAAGGCUAUGAAGGUUAUCCGCGACAGCGACGAUAGCGACGGCGCCAACGGGAGUGGCAGUAGCAGCAGCAGCAGUGGCAGCGGUGGCGGCGGUGGUAACGGAAACGGUUAUGGCUAUGGGGGCCGCGGCAGGUCGAACGGCAACGACAACAGCAACGGCGACGUGACGCCCACCCCCAGGUCGCCUGUCGUGAGGAUUGCUUCGCCACCGAGGACGAGCCCGAAGUGGGAGGAUUCAGCUGUGUGA